AUUUUUGUUAGAAAUUCUGCAAGAGUUCUACAAUCAGUCAAGAUGUCAUACUUAAUGACAAGAGUUAAAUGUUGCAGUCCUGUGAAUCAGAUGCACAAAGUAACAGGAACUCUGUUUAAAGCACACAUAUUAAAGAACAUACUGGGCAUCAAUGAACAACAAUUCAAAAUCUCACGUACAUCAUCUCAACUUAGUUCUGAAAAGGCAAACUCUUAUAAUUAUGUCAUUGUUGGAGCUGGAUCAGCAGGGUGUGUAUUAGCCAACAGGUUGACUGAAGACCCUCUCAAUACUGUACUACUUUUGGAAGCAGGCCCUAAAGAUACCCUUCUAGGUAGUAAAAGACUAAUGUGGAAGAUUCAUAUGCCUGCUGCAUUAACAUACAACCUCUGUGAUGAGAAAUAUAACUGGUAUUACCACACAACAUCACAAAAGCAUAUGGAUAACCGAAUUAUGUACUGGCCCCGUGGAAGAGUGUGGGGUGGCUCCUCUUCUCUCAAUGCUAUGGUAUACAUUCGUGGGCAUGCAGAAGAUUAUAAUCGAUGGAGCAGGGAAGGGGCUAUAGGAUGGGACUAUGAACAUUGCUUGCCCUAUUUUAAGAAGGCACAGACACAUGAACUGGGGCCAGAUCAGUACAGAGGUGGAAAUGGACCCCUGUAUGUGUCAAGAGGGAAAACAAACCAUCCUCUUCAUCAUGCAUUCCUGGAGGCAACCCAGCAAGCUGGGUACCCCUUCACAGAUGAUAUGAAUGGCUAUCAGCAAGAAGGAUUUGGCUGGAUGGACAUGACUGUACACCAAGGUCAAAGAUGGAGCACAGCUAGUGCUUAUCUUCACCCAGCCAUAUCACGCCCGAAUUUGUCAGUUGCAGUGAAGACACUUGUAACAAAAAUCUUGUUUCAAGGAACAAAAUCCAUUGGUGUUGAGUAUGUGAAAAAUGGGCAAAGGAAAAAGGCUUUUGCCAGUAAAGAAGUUAUUUUAAGUGGAGGUGCCAUAAAUUCUCCACAGCUGCUUAUGUUGUCUGGGAUUGGCAAUGCAGAUGAUCUAAAAAAACUGGGGAUCCCUGUUGUUUGCCAUCUUCCUGGAGUUGGCCAGAACCUUCAAGAUCAUUUAGAAGUGUAUGUCCAGCAAAAGUGCAUCAAACCUAUUACUCUAUAUAACGCACAAAAGCCAGUUAACAUGGUGAGGAUUGGUCUAGAAUGGCUUUGGAAGUUUACAGGUGAGGGAGCGACUGCCCACUUAGAAUCUGGUGGUUUUAUCCGAAGUGAACCAGGGGUUCCUCACCCCGACAUUCAGUUCCACUUUCUUCCUUCUCAGGUGAUUGAUCAUGGUCGGGUUGCUUCCACAAUGGAAGCUUACCAGGUCCACGUGGGACCCAUGAGGAGCACGAGUGUGGGCUGGCUAAAGCUGAAGAGUACAGACCCAAAUGACCACCCCAUCAUUGAGCCUAACUACUUGUCAACAGAAAGAGAUAUUUGGGAAUUCCGCCAGUGUGUCAAGUUGACCAGAGAGAUCUUUGCUCAGAAAGCUUUUGAAAAAUUUUGCGGGCCUGAAAUUCAACCAGGAAACCAUGUUCAGUCUGACAAAGAAAUAGAUGCUUUCAUAAGGCAGAAGGCUGAUAGUGCUUAUCAUCCUUCCUGCACCUGUAAAAUGGGUCAGCUUUCAGAUAGCACUGCUGUAGUUGAUCCCCAAACAAAAGUAAUUGGCGUUGAAAACUUGAGAGUAGUAGAUGCUUCAAUAAUGCCCAGUGUUGUCAGUGGAAAUUUGAAUGCCCCAACUAUUAUGAUAGCAGAGAAAGCUGCAGAUAUAAUUAAGGGCCUCCCAUCACUUCAGGAGAAAAAUGUUCCUGUAUAUAAGCCCAAGACCUUGGAAACACAGAGAUAAACAAAUGUUCUCAUCCUUUCACUUCUUUUGCUACUUAGGCUUUCAUCAGCAUGUUGAUAUCUCAUACUGAACAUGCCAACAAAAUAAA